AUGAUUGUGCGCAAGAUUACCGCCACUAAGCUCCAAGCUGCGAGCUAUCUACUUGGAGUUGCGCUCUUCUCUAUCUCGUUCCUGGUAUUCUUGAAUGCAUCCAUCUCGUUUGUUGUCACGGACGUCAUCGGCCGCAAGCAUGGUGUCGGCAAUGUAGUUGGCACAUUGGGAUUCGCUGACGAGCUUGUCGCUUUGGUUGCUUGUCCACUCUGGGGCUUGUUGAGCGACAAGAUAGGAGUCAGGAAUGUGGCUGUGAUUGGAUAUCUGAUCAUUGGCGCCAGUCUCAUGCUACUGGUGCAGAGUCACAAUGUAUAUCCACAGCUACUGCUCGGUAGGAUGGCAUUCAGCAUUGGAGGCGCUGCAUGCUCGACCAUGGUCACCGCUAUCCUGCCUACAAUGACAGCCGAACGAAAACAGACUACCCUUUCGGAAGCCAGCCAGACCUAUGGAGAAGGUAUCGCGACACCAACCAACCCCAGCGCUCGACAUUCAGGCGCUUUCAGCAUCAGUAGCGAGGUUACCAUCACUCCUGCACGAUACGUCCAAAGGCCACCGAAUUUUAGACGUCGGUCGCAGAAACGCCGCUUUGCUACAGAUUCUGCCACGCCAAAGAAAUCGGAUCUUAGUCAACUUGCUGGCUAUGUCGGCAUGUUUACCGGAAUCGGCGCCCUUGUCGCUGUCGGUAUCUUCCUACCACUUCCUGUCAAGUUUUCUGGAAAGGGUGUCGCUCAGGCGGAUGCCGUCAAGGACAGUUUCUACCUCGUCGGAAGCGUGUCUAUCAUUGUUGCCCUACUAGUAUCUCUAACUCUCCGCGGACUUCCAGGUGAAGAGGACAAAGGUUUCCACAAGCUGUUUUACUCAGGCAAGAGUACCGAUGACCAUGAUGCCAACGAAUCCACGACUCUGAACCCUACACCGUCAUACUAUCAACUUGUCCGUUCCGCCAUCAUGCUGGGCUUCACCGACUCUCGAAUCGCUCUAGGAUAUCUAGGUGGCUUUGUCGCGAGAGCUUCCUCCGUUGGCAUAUCACUUUUCAUCCCACUCUUUGUCAACGCCUACUUCAUCCGCGAAGGUCUUUGCUCCGACGAUCCAAGCGAAGAUAUCAAGUCCAGCUGCAAGCGCGCAUACACGCUUGCAUCUAUGCUGACCGGAUUCUCUCAACUAACUGCACUGCUAGCUGCACCUCUGUUUGGAUGGUUCAACGGCUACAUGAGCAACAAAGGAGAGCAGCUAUCCUACCUCCCUCUAGGCAUUGGCGCCAUCGCCGGCGUCAUUGGCUGUAUCUCGUUUGGUUUACUCGACAACCCCGACCCAUUCCACGGAAGCGCUGACGGCAAAGGCGCAAUCUUGGCUGUUAUCCUUCUCGGAUUCAGUCAAAUCUCAGCUAUCGUGUGCUCGCUGGGUAUCCUCGCAAAAGGCAUUCAAGCUUCUGCGCCAACAACCACUGCAUCUGCCAACAUAGAACCAGAUACCCUGUCUGAAGCACAAGAACCUNCCACCGAGCCUACCUCUGCAGAAGAACCAACAGAAGUUGCACCACUGCUACCUACCGUCAAUGAAGCUGCCCCACCACAGACGACAACUGAACUCGACAGGGGACAACUCAAAGGCACAAUCGCAGGUGUAUACUCUCUAGCCGGCGGCGUGGGCAUCCUCCUACUCACAAAACUCGGCGGCGUGCUCUUCGACAAGACAAGCACAGGUGCACCAUUCUAUAUGCUCGCAGGCUUCAACGCCAUCUUGCUUCUCGCUGUCGCCGUUGUGUUUAUCGUGCAAAGGUUGCGGAAAGUCACUGUUUCUGAUGCUUAG